GUUCCUUCAUUUCGCCUUCUAACGGGCAGAUCCGAGCUCAAAUAGUCCAAUACCACCUCCUCCUAAUCUCUGCUUUUGCUUCCUCUUACUCAACGCCGCCAUCUCCAGCAAUAUUGAAGGCGUCGGCGUGAACUGGGCACGACGACCCUUCCACCCGUUGCCGCCGCGCAAGGUAGUGAAGCUCUUGAAGUCCAACAAGAUUACCAGAGUUAGCUCUUUGAUUCCGAAGCGCUAGUGCUUUGAAGCUCUUUCCGGCUCCAAUAUUGGCGUCACCGUCGGCUAUCCCAAUUCCCUGCUCAAGACCUUCAACUCUUCCAAGAAAGCAGUCAAGAGUUGGGUCCACAAAUCAAUAACGUGACCUGUUACUUCUUCACCGCCCUCGCAGGACUCCGAAUUGAGUAAUGUUCUUUACUCCUCUCUGUUGGCUAGUAUCAACAGUUGCUUUUAAUUAGUCCCGGUUUGAUUAUUGCUCUUGGGUCAUUUGCUUGUUGGCAAUUUUGUUGAGCUUAGAAAUUAAGAACGACUAGAAACCUUACCCAAAAGUCAAGAGAAGAGCUAGAAAUGGCAGGGAGAGAAGAUGCGAAUCAACCGUUGUUCUUGCACUUACUGUUACCCACCAACCGCUUGAUGGUUUGUCUAGCUCAAGAAUGCUCGAUCUGCUGAAUUACUGCAGAUACAAAGAUGUGCAUGAAACUUGGCAUCUUCAUUUCGUUAAUCCCGAAUGGAGAGGACACAUUAUAGGUCAAGUCAUAUGUUGCUCUAUAUAUACGACUUAGUUUUGUUUCUAACCGUAUCUUAUUUUGAGCGCUAGUUCUCCCCAAAUACCUUUGUUGAUAUCUUUCUCACAGUCCGUUGAGGAGAUUGAACUCAAACUAGGCUAGAAAAGUAUUUAUGUCUUAUUUUCUUAAAACUAGCUACUGUCCUACUUUAACGAUACUACAAAGAGUUGCUAAUUCUUACAAGCAUAAACGUUUGAUUGUUUUUACUUACAGGAAUGUUUGUUGUAGAUGAACCAUUUCACCAGAUGUACGGUGAACAGUUCCAUCCAUCUAUCAUUGGAGCAGCCAUCGGCGUGAAAUCAGGUUUAGCAAAAGCAAACCUAGGAAAUGAAGCAAAAGUACUGGAGGUGGUUCCUCUUAGUUCAGAUUCAGUUCACUAUGAAUCGGGUCUAACUUCCAAGACAAACAUCAGGCCUGACCUCAACAAGACAUUAAUGCUCGAGCUCCUUACAUUCCUUGAAAAGCAUCAUUCACCCUUCUUCAUAGCCAUCUCUCCCUUCUUCCUGCAAGAUGAGAACGUUUCCCUCGACUUCGUGAAGUUCAAGGAAACUGCACGCCCUCGUAACGAUACCCGCGGCAGAACAUACAGAAACAGCGACACAUGAAACUGCAGUUGUCGGCUGCACCAGCUACUCCCGGGUUUCAUGGUAUGCCCACACUACAAGAAAACAGAUGUUGACAAUUUGUGUCGGUUAGUAUUCUAACUGACUAUUCUCAUCGAAUUUGUAUGGGUUUUGUGCUAACAUACACAAUUUGAUAACCGACACAAAUUAUGGUGGAUUUGAAUUUAGAUGAAUUUUUUUUGGUUGUUUUUGCUCCAAAAGAUUUGACUUGUUUUUGCUGAUUUGUAUUGAUUGUUUAGUUUAAUGUAGGGUUUGUAUAGUUGGAAUGGUUUGUCUGUAUACUUUUUGCGUUGCUUGUAUUGAUUGUUUAGUUUAUGUGUUUUCAUACCUCUGUUUGUACUCUUCGUGGUUUUACAGUUUGUACACUUUUUUGCUCAUGUUCAUACAGUUUGUACACUUUGUUGCUCAUUUUCAUAGUGUUUAUGUAUAUGCUUUUGUACAGUUUAUUACUCUGCUUCGUAUGGUUUGUUAUUUUUAUGAUUCUGCUUUGUAUUGUUUUUUUAUUGUAUAGUUUGUAUGCUUUAUCGUAUUGUUGGUUGACUUGUUCUGUUGUUGCUUUUGUAGCUUUUAAGUAAGGAUGGUAGAAGGUUCAGAGGUGGGAGGGUCAAGUACCUGUGCUGCUGAAGUUGAAGUUACUAAAACUAAGAGGAAGGUAGAGAACGUUAAGAAUAAGGGGAAGGAAGUUCAGAUUUCUGAGAGAGGGAAAAGGGAAAAAAAGGUCGAUGCUGGAGAGAAGCAGUAGGCAGCACCUCGCGGAAAAAGGCAGAAACGAACUCCGGGGGGGAGGAAAUAAAGCCGCUUUGAACUAUCGAUGCAGCCCGAAAGAGAUUCUUAGUCAUGUUAAGCCUCCUUUAUCUGAUGGCAUGGUACAAUUGAUUAAGCAGUUGGGUGUGGAUUUUGUGUUUUUGAUGAAGAUGAAACAUCUGGACAAUGAACUUAUUAAGUUCAUUAUUUCAAGGUGGGAUGUGAAGAACAAGUGUAUCAACUUGGAUGAUGGGAAUAAGAUUUGCAUUACAGAAGAGGAUGUUUACCGAGUUUAUGGCCUUCCAAGGCGACCAAAUGUUGUUUCUUUGCUGAAAACAUCAAAGGAUAAUUCUAAGCUUGCUAAAAAUUAUGGUUUCAGUAAAACAGGGAAGGGGACUGUUGCUUUUGAUAAUUUGAGGACUUGUAUGGGAGCAGAGAAGUCUGAUGAUUCUAGGUGGUGAAUAUGUAUGUGCUGAUGAUUUUUUGCCGACUUUUCAAAUAUCUUUCAUCAAGGACGGUGAGAACAUAAUACUUGACUUUUCUUUCUCAAGAAAUGGUAAAGUAUUUC